UUUUUGUUUUAGUCUACUUUUUCACUCACUGAACAAAGCCAUUGACACUGAAAAAUGGACGUUUUGACGUUUAUUCCAAUGACCUCGACGAUGGCCGCUGCGCCACUCGACCCGUCGCUGCGAUUCGACCCGGAGCAGUUUAAUAUGCAGCAGCAGCAGCAGCAGCAGCAUUCGUCAACUGCUCCCCCGAUGGACUCGAUUCCUCAGCUUGUCGCGCGAAGUGAGGAGCUGCAAACGCAACUCUACCGCAUGCAAAGCGACUUGGAAUACAGCCAGCAGCAGUCCGAGCGUUUGCGCGACGAACUCGCCCAGGCAGAGCGGGAAAUCUCGGCCAAACAUGCCAACGAGUCGAGGCUGAUGGACAAGUACAACAAGACCUGGGACCAGCUCCGUUCUGAAAAAGAAGAGCACUCCAAGCUCAAAACUUCCAUGCAAAGCAAGGAGAAGGAAUACCAGGUCGAAGCCCGUCGACGCGAGCGCGAACAUCUCGCCGUCAAGGACCAGCUGGCCAAGUUGCAAGUCGACCGAAAGAGCAACGCCAAGUUUGGCAUGGAAAUUGUGAACGCCCCCAAGCGAGUGGACAUUUCUCGUCCAGGAGCCCGUGCGCAGCAGGUGGCAGAUCAGGAGAAUGAAUUUCACGCCUUCGUGCAAGCGACAUUCGAGGAACGCCAACGCGUGCUCGCAGAAGAAAACGCAACCCUUCGUCAGGCGUUGCUGACCACGCAUACUUUCCUCGCCGAAAGUGUUGCCUCGUUUCUGCCAGUCAUUGACGAAUUGAACGAGCAGGUUGCAAGCGCCGCAAAGAAGAAUGCCAAGGAGAAUGGCCUGGAUGACAGCAAAGUUGUCACGUUGGCAAUCACGCCUGUGCCUGUGGCUGCGUUCAACCAGCCGAUGGCUACAGGUUUGCCCGCCAUCGAAAAGAGUGCCCAGGCGCAAAUGCGCGCCAUCGCCGAUUUGCUCGCAUUGCUCAACCAGACACGUACUCUGGCGUUGCAAGAAGCGGAGCAAACUCGUGCCGAGCGUGGUGUGGGAGGUGACUCGCUAGCAAACAACCUGAACGAGAGCAGGAUUGCCUCGCUCAGCAAUUUUGACAUGCAGCAGCGAUUGGCCGAGCACCAAACCAUGCACACGGCCACUGUUGCAGCAAUGCAAGAGCAGAUGGCUCAACUUGAGACCAUCAUCCAGCAGCAGGAUGAAUUGUUGCAGCAGAACGUCUUCCAGUCGGAGGCAAGCGGUGGCGACGCUGUUCUCCUGGCGGCCGCUCGUAUGACUAACGUGUCCGAUUCGUACCUUGUUGAAGAGCACGAGGAAUUGCUGGACGCCAAGCGCCGGUUUGAACAAGAGCGCGCUUGUUUCGAGCAGGAGCGCAAGCACUACACUGACGCUUCCAUCAAGUUGGCAAAGGAGCGCGAGUUGAUCCAGCAGGAGCGAAAGACUUUGGAACGUGAGCGAUCGACCAUGCUGGACUUGCAAAAGACCUACACAUCCUGCGGCUCCCCGUCGACACCACAUCGCAGUCGCGCGCCACUUACCCCAGUGCGUGGACAAUCGCAAUACGUGACUGUUGCUACGCCUGGGUGGUUGAAGGAUAUCCGCCACGAGCAAGCUCGUGCCGUUCUGUUUUGAGGCGAUAGCAGCCUUGUAGAUUGUUGAGUUUGAAUUGUGAUUUUCGACGUUGAAUCAGAGAUGCAGUCUGAGAAAAAAUAAAGCGUGUGAGCAAGACAUUUUCCAAUGAACUUGCAAAC